GGAGGUAUAAUACUUUGUCAUUAUGAGAUGUCGUCUCUCGGUGCUUCCUUUGUGCAAAUUAAAUUUGAUGACUUGCAGUUUUUCGAAAACUGUGGAGGAGGGAGUUUUGGGAGUGUUUAUCGAGCCAGAUGGAUAUCACAAGACAAGGAAGUGGCUGUAAAGAAGCUGCUCAAGAUAGAGAAAGAGGCAGAAAUACUCAGUGUCCUCAGUCACAGAAACAUCAUCCAGUUUUAUGGAGUAAUUCUUGAACCACCCAACUAUGGUAUCGUAACAGAAUAUGCUUCUCUAGGAUCAUUGUAUGAAUACAUAAACAGUAAUAGAAGUGAAGAAAUGGAUAUGGAGCAUAUUAUGACUUGGGCCACUGAUGUGGCUAAAGGGAUGCACUAUUUACAUAUGGAGGCUCCAGUCAAGGUGAUUCACAGAGAUCUCAAAUCAAGAAAUGUUGUUAUAGCUGCCGACGGAGUAUUAAAGAUCUGCGAUUUUGGUGCCUCACGGUUCCAUAACCAUACAACACAUAUGUCCUUAGUAGGCACUUUUCCAUGGAUGGCCCCAGAAGUUAUCCAGAGUCUUCCAGUUUCUGAAACAUGUGAUACAUAUUCUUAUGGUGUGGUUCUCUGGGAGAUGCUAACAAGGGAGGUCCCCUUUAAAGGUUUGGAAGGAUUACAAGUAGCUUGGCUUGUAGUGGAAAAAAACGAGAGAUUAACCAUUCCCAGCAGUUGCCCCAGAAGCUUUGCUGAAUUGCUCCAUCAGUGUUGGGAAGCUGAUGCUAAGAAACGUCCAUCAUUCAAACAAAUCAUUUCAAUUCUGGAGUCUAUGUCAAAUGAUACUAACCUUCCUGACCAGUGUAACUCAUUCCUGCAUAAUAAGGCGGAAUGGAGAUGUGAAAUUGAGGCAACACUUGAGAGGCUAAAGAAACUGGAGCGAGAUCUCAGCUUUAAGGAGCAGGAAUUGAAGGAGAGAGAGAGGCGCCUGAAGAUGUGGGAGCAAAAGCUGACAGAGCAGUCCAAUACCCCUCUGCUGCCAUCCUUUGAGAUUAGUGCAUGGACAGAAGAAGAUGUGUACUUUUGGAUGCAACAACUCACCAGAAAAGGUGACUCUUCAGAAGAAAUGAGUAUAUAUGCAACCUUGUUUAAGGAAAAUAACAUCACCGGAAAACGGCUCCUUCUUCUUGAUGAGGAGGACUUGAAGGACAUGGGCAUCAUCUCUAAGGGACAUAUUAUUCAUAUAAAGUCAGCCAUUGAGAAGUUAACAAAUGAUUACCUCAACUUAUUUCACUUUCCACCACUAACGAAGGAUUCAGCAGGUGAACUAGAAGAAAAUGAAGAAAAAGUUGUGAAUCUGGAACUUGUUUUUGGUUUUCACUUAAAGCCAGGGACUGGCCCACAGGAUUGCAAGUGGAAAAUGUAUAUGGAGAUGGAUGGGGAUGAAAUUGCGGUAACCUACAUAAAGGAUGUGACAUUCAACACUAACCUACCUGAUGUAGAGACUUUAAAGAUGACAAAGCCUCCAUUUGUAAUGGAAAAGUGGAUUGUGGGAAUCCUUCCAAAUCAGACCGUUGAGUACAUUGUGACAUAUGAGAGCGAUGUUAGAUCUCCAAAAAGUAGUAAACAUAUCCAUUCAAUUCAGUGGAGCAAAACGAAACCUGAAGAUGAAGUAAAGGCAGUAAAGCUUGUAAUUCAGACAUUAUUCCUCAACUCGGAGGGCAAUGCUGGAAGCAGAUCGAACUCAAAUACAGAUUGCCAGUGGUUAAAUACCCUGAGAAUGCGGCAAAUUGCUUCCAACCCUUCUUCCUUUCAACGUUCUCAGAGCAAUCCUAUUACUGCUGGGUCACAGUUCCUGCCUUUCCUUCAUAACCAAGCUUCUUAUGCUGCAGCUGUCCAGAGAACACAGGCACCCAUUAAAUAUUACCAAAUCACGCCUAUAAAUCAUUCCCGAAGUUCAUCUCCUACUCAGUAUGGAUUGACUAAAAACUUCUCUUCCCUGCAUCUAAAUUCCAGGGACAGUGGUAUUUCUAGCAUUAAUUCUGAUACCUCUUCUGACAGGUGUCAGUAUUCUGGGAGAAGCAGGAAUAAAUCUAAUCGAGGAAGUGUAUCUCUUAAUUCUUCCCCCAAGGGAAGAUACAGUGGGAAAAGCCAACACUCUGCUCCUUCAGCAGAAAGGUACUCUGGGAAAUUCUUUAGAGUCUCUCAAUCAGUGCUCAGUCCACAUCAGUCGCCGGACUCUAGAAAGAGCCCAAAUAACCUCCAUCAAACUAGGACCAUCCCAGGGAUGCCUGUGAACACUGGGAACACUGAAAAUGACUCAAAAGCAAAUGAAGAUGAGAGCAAAGUUAAUGAAGGUGGAUGGACAAAAGUAGAAUAUCGCAAAAAGCCUCACCGGCCUGUUCCUGUCAAAACUAAUAAAGAAAGAGCUAGAGGAGCCUAUCGAGGCCGGAGAAAUUUUUGAUGCAUAGUUAGCUGAUUUUAUUUUCUAAACAGAGUCUUUGUGAUGGAUUUUGCUAGUGUGGUGCCUUCCACUGAACUUUUAUUUAAAACCUCAACAGUAUGUUAGCUUUGGUCAAGGGAAAAGGAAAUGGAGUACCACCUCUUCCAGAGAUGGUGGUCAAAUGGAAAACAGAUCUGAAGUUCUCAGUCUCUAAGCAUGGUUCUCAUUUGGGGAAGGGAAAGGGUUAGAGAGAUGUGGAGAGUUUCUGGUUUGAAAAAUCAAGGAGAAUUUUUCAUUCAGAUUUUUUUUCUGGAUUAACAUUUGCCAUUCAGAAGAAAAAAUGCCGUUG